AGGGGUGGAAAUUUUAAAUUUAAAUAUGGAGUUCAAUGAUCCGAGAAAUCUGCCGAAUGUGUUGGGAGAUGGUGAUUUCUAUAAGACAUCUACGCUUUUGAAAGUGUUGCAGUAGAGCAUCCUCAGCGACAAAGAUAAGAUAAAAAUGGUAGCAGACGCUGCAUUUGAAGCAGUUGACACUGACAACUCAGGCUAUCUUGAAAAAGACGAGCUUACCGAAAUCAUGCAAACGGUCGCCUUAGACAUGAACGUGAAACAACCCAGCGAGUCUGACGUAGAAGCCGUCCUCAGAGAAGUAGAUGAAAACUAUGAUGAAAAAGUAGACAAAUCAGAAUUCGUCCAACUCAUUGAGCGAGUCCUCAUGAAACUCCUAGAAUCAGAAGAAGAAUUGCAGAAGACGAUCAAUUCAAAAUUCUUGAAAAAUAGUUAA